AUGUUUGCGAAGGAGCCUGUUGAGGAGCGGAUGAGACGCUCUUCUCAUCUUUUAACACGCUUCGGGGACCAACUUAUCAAAGUUCAAACAACACCACUGAGCGGAUUGAGCAUGCGUGGAGCUGUUGCUGUCUGCGUGGUACUGGCGUGCCUUGUGGCGUUGCUGGUUGAGAGGACACAAGGACACAUCACCUUCUUCAGUCCCAAGGAGAUGAUGCUGAUGAAAGAGCGCGAGGGGAGAAAGGACAUGGAGCCUCGGUCGGAGGACGGCCAGUUUGAGGAAGUUGCCGUCCAACAGCUUCCCCAAGUAGAGCAUGGUGGAAAUCCAGACAAAACAGUGGACAUCACCGUGCGUCUUUCACCCAAACAGCUGGACCAUGUCGCUCCUGUGCUCGAGGAGCUCAUCCAUGAAAUGUAGCAACGAGUUGAGUAGUGUGCUGGGGAACAGAAGAUAAAAAUGCUGUAUGAAUUCGUCAAAGAAUGAAUGCUCUUGUAUUUUCUUUUAAUAUAUUAG